UCCCUGAUUUAAAACCCGACCCGCCUUAUUCUCCUGUAUUUUUUUCUCUCUCUCGUUUGCUCGCUUGUCGACGUGUACACAUCACACAGUUUUUCUCUGUGGUUUUUGUGUGAAAAGCUGCCGUUUCUACGAGUCAUGGAUGAGCAUUCAGCUCAUGCUGAUCAAGGUCUCAAAGAAGAAGAACAAAUUUACUUCCAUGAUAAUUAUACAAAGCAAAAUGACGGCGAAUGGCAAACAGUUUCCUACCACAAGCGAAACAGAAAGUAUUCGAAACUCCCAGCGCCGGAGAAUUCCUCCGGCUAUAGUUACAAUGGUGUCACUGCCACUAAUCCAGAUGUGUGCCGCUCCAUCGAGCAAUAUUCAGAGGACCGCCUCCAGAGAAUCCUCAAGGAGCAGCGAGCCUCCGCCGCAGUUGGUGAGUAUUCCGUCGCAGGGAACGGAUCGAAGCGACAUUCCGAUGACGAUGGAGACAGCGAUACAGAAGCUACUGCUGGGGCUGCCAACGGGGAGAAGAAGAAGAAGGCAAAGAAACAGAAGAAGCCAAAGGUGACGGUGGCGGAGGCGUCUGCGACAAUCGAUGCUGGUGAUCUAGGCGCGUUUCUUGUUGAUAUAACCUCAUCGUAUGAGACGCAGCAGGAUAUACAGCUAAUGCGAUUUGCAGAUUACUUUGGAAGGGCGUUUGCUUCAGUGAGCUCGGCGCAAUUCCCGUGGUUGAAGACCUUCAGGGAGUCUUCAGUUUCUAAGUUAGUUGAUAUUCCCCUUUCUCAUAUUUCUGAAGAUGUUUACAAGAUAGCUGUGGACUGGCUUGGCCAUCGAUCUCAUGAAGCACUUGAGUCUUUUGUGCUGUGGUUAAUGGAUAGCAUUUUUGCUGACUUUGCUAGUCAUCAAGCAGCUGUCAAGGGAUCCAAAAAACCGGUGCAACAAUUACCAUCAAAAUCCCAGGUUGCUAUGUUUGUUAUUUUAGCAAUAGCAUUACGAAGAAAGCCAGAUGUAUUGAUCAAUUUAUUGCCAAUAAUAAGAGAAAAUCCAAAAUAUCAAGGACAAGACAAGCUUCCAGUCACAGUGUGGGUGAUUGCUCAGGCAUCCGAAGGAGAUUUGGUAGUGGGGUUGUACAUGUGGACGCGUGUUCUUUUGCCUGUACUGAGUAGUAAAUCAAGCAAUAAUCCACAAUCUAGGGACUUGAUCUUACAGUUGGUUGAGAGAAUUUUGUCCUUCCCAAAGGCGCGGGCAAUUUUACUAAAUGGUGCUGUUAAAAAAGGUGAACGCUUAGUGCCCCCAUCAGCUUUUGAACUUCUGAUGAGAGUCACAUUCCCAGCUCCAUCAGGACGAGUUAAGGCAACUGAGAGGUUUGAAGCUGUUUAUCCAAUCUUAAAAGAAAUUGCUCUUGCUGGUUCAUCUGGAAGCAAAUCAAUGAAUCAAGUUACACAUGAGAUAUUGAACUCUGCAAUCAAAGCUGCUGGAGAAGGUGUCCCUGACUUAUCAAAAGAAGCCAGUGAUGUUUUUAUUUGGUGUUUGGCACAAAACUCUGACGCUUACAAGCAAUGGGACAUGUUAUAUCUGGAUCAUCUUGAAGCAAGUGUAAUUGUUUUGAGAAAGCUGUCUGAUGAAGGGAAAGAGUACUCUGUUAAACAUGCUACUCACAACUCGUUAUCAUUGAGGGAAACUUUAGAGUUUUUCAGGCAGAAGAAUGAGAAAGCAUUGGCAGAUGCAGAAGAUGCUGGCUAUCAUGCAUCAUUAAGAGAAGCUGACAAGUACUGCAAGGUGAUCCUGGGACGGGUAUCAAAAGGACAUGGAUGCAGGAGGACCAUGUUAUUUGUGUCUGUUGCAUUGGCUGUCGGUGCUGCUAUCGUGUCCCGUACCGUUCAGUCUUGGGAUUUGUAAAAAUACUGUGCUGUAUUCAUCUUACCAACCCCGUAAAGCCCAUUCCGGAAUCUGGAUAGGUUCAUCAGCAGCUACUGGCUCUCACAAGUGCCAUUUAUCCAAGAAUGUCUGGGUUAGUUGAGUUCCUUGAGCAGUCCAUUGUGAAGUGGCGUAGGGUAGGAUAAUAAUUCACAAAAAAACUAGAUGGAGGAGCAGCAGCAGCAAUAAAUAAUAGGAGGCAGUGGCGGUAACAGUAACGGUAGCAGCCCAAAUUAAUUGGGUUACGUAUUACAGUGUGUUGUGUUUAGUUUAGGGCUCCUAGGGUUAAUAGUAUGUUUCUCCUCUGUAGUUGAGUAAUUUAUAGUGGUUUGCGCGUGUUAGAGUUUUGAGCAUGUAAAUUUUCAUAGUUUAGUUUUGGCUUAAGAGAAUUUUCAAUCUAUUUGAUUUGAGCAA